UACUUCAACGAAGCUUUCGAGUUUUCUUGUCCAACGAAGGCACAUUGGUGGUUCCGGUCCAAAUCGAAGUGCAGGGAUUCAAAAAAUUAUAUAUGCUUAUAUGACGUAACUUUUGGAGUCAAUGUUUACAGAGAUAAAUGUUAUCGACCUAGAAUACUAGCUCCUGGUUAUAAAUACGUUUUUCAACCCAACUUGAAUAGAGCAACAUGCAAUUUUACUCGAUAUCAGCCAUUUAUUUUUGACACAAUUGGGAACAGCGAAUGCGUUUUUAAAAAAUCUUUUUGCAACGGUGAAGGUCAAACAACGCAUGACAACGGCACCACGAUGUCCGACAGAACAUGCAAGUGUAAUACCAGUAGAGGAUUUACAUUUGUAAGAGUGCCAAACAACCAUCACUACUGUAAUCCUACAAAUGAAGAUUGCUCUUGUCAUAUUGGCAAUAAUCUACAGAACAAAACCAUUGGCUCAAAAGAUUUGAUAUUCUAUGAUGAAAUACACAAUACACAUGUUACAUCAAACCAUUCACGAGAAAAUAAAUCCCAAGAAUUAACGAGAAUAGACUUUGACGACUACAAAUACAACAUAGCUUCCCCUACAAAAAAGUAUCGUUCAAAAGCUGUCGUAUGUGUUAUACUAUUAGUUGUAUGCUACCCUGUAUUUGUUGUUGUGGUUUGCAUUCUAGCGAGGAAUAUACUACGACGAAUUCCAAUCUGUAAUUUCCAUCUGAUGCAAGGAGAAAUAAGCAAGAAAAACGCUUAUGUAUCUAUGCUUUCUCUUGCCUGUAAAGACGGACACACAGAAACAGUGCAACGUUUACUGCUAAACAAUGUUGACGUCUUACAGUGUAACCAUGAUGGAGAGUCUCCAUUAUAUUUGGCAUGUUCAGGAGGCCACACAAAUAUAGUGAAUCUACUAAUAAAGAGAAAUGCUCAUAUUUCGCAGUGUGACAGAAGUUGUCAGUCUCCAUUGUAUGUGGCCUGUAGAGGAGGACAUACAGAUACAGUGCAGUUAUUACUGAAGAAAAAAGUCAAUACCUCUCAAUGUAAUAAUUUUGGUGAGUCACCAUUGUAUGUAGCCUGUAGACUAGGACAUAAAAACACAGUAAAUAUGCUAUUACUACACGAUAAUAAUAUCUCUAAGUGUACAAAUAGCGGAGAGUCGCCAUUGUAUACUGCAUGUGAAGGAGGACAUACAGUUAUAGUGGAACGACUAUUGCAGAACAAUGCUGUGGUCUUGCAGAGUAGACGGAAUGGAGACUUUCCGUUAUAUGUCGCCUGCAGACAUGGCCAAACAGAAACAGUAAAAUUAUUACUUGAAAACAAUGCUAGUGUUUCUCAGCAAAACAAUAGCGGGCAAUCUGCAUUAUGUGUGGCAUGUAUAAAUGGACACACAGAAACAGUGAAAUGUUUAUUGCAUUUCAAUGCCGAUGCUUCUCAAUUUAACCGUGAUGGAAAAUCACCAUUGUAUGUCGCAUGUGAAGGUGGACAUUACGAAAUAGUAGAAGAGUUGCUGCUGAAAUAUGCUGAUGUCUCUCAGUGUGACAUGAGGGGAAUAUCUCCGCUAUAUGUGGCAUGUAGGGGAGGUCAUACAGAUACAGUACGAUUACUACUGGAAAACGACGCGGAUAUUAAUCGAACUAACAAAUGGUUAGAAUCUCCAUUGUAUGUGGCAUGUAGAGAAGGACAUGAAAAAAUAGUGGAACUUUUACUGCAGGAAAAAAUAGAUGUCUUGCAAUUUAAUCGUGAUGGGGAGUCGGCAUUACUUAUGGCUUGUGCCGGAGGAUAUACAGAUAUAGUAAGACAGUUAUUGGAAAAAAAUGCUAAUGUCUCUCAAUGUAACACUUGGGGAAAGUCCCCAUUGUAUGUGGCCUGUGAAGGAGGAUAUACGGGUGCAGUGGAACUUUUACUACAGAACAAUGCUAAUGUAUCUCAGUGUAACCAAUGGUCAGAGUCUCCAUUGUAUGUAUCCUGUAGAUUAGGAUAUUCAGAUAUAGUUGAAUUAUUACUGGAUAGCGAUGCGGAUGUUUCUAUGUGUGACCAAUGGGAAGCAUCUCCAUUGUAUGUGGCCUGUGUUGGAGGGCAUCCGCAUAUAGUUAAACAAUUACUUUUGAACAAUGCUGAUGUAUCUCAAUGUGAACAACCAGGAGGACAGUCACCUUUACAUGCGGCUUGUAUAAUUGACCCUUUCGAUCAGUUUAGAUCGAAUAAACAUGCGUAUAAAAAGAAAUAUAAAGACUGUAUCGAAAUUGUAAAAUUAUUGAUUAUAUGGAAUGCAGAUGUAAAAAUGCAGGACAAAGACGGUAUCACACCUAUAAAAAUUGCCAGUAUAUCACACUGCUCGAAAAUUGUAAAACUUCUAAAACAAAAGUCUUAA